GGUGUUGCGGCGUGCGCUCGUCGCGUGUCUGUGGCCAUCUUGCCAUGCGGCCAUCACCGUCCCAGUCUUUCCCGUGCAUCAACAUAAGCGAUGCCUCCCAAAAAAGAGAAGAAGCCUGCUGCCCCUCCUGCUGCUGCUGGUGGAAAGCCAGCAGCUGGGGCUAAGCCAGCUGCUGGAGCCAAACCAGCAGCAGGUGCUAAACCAGCAGCUGGUGCCAAACCAGCAGCAGGAGCCAAACCAGCAGCAGGAGCCAAACCAGCAGCAGGAGCCAAACCAGCAGCAGGAGCUAAACCAGCAGCAGGGGCUAAAUCAGCAGCUGGAGCCAAACCAGCAACAGGGGCAAAGGGAACUGGAGCAAAAGGAGCUGCAGGAGCAAAAGGAGCAGCUGGAGCGAAAGGUGCAACUGGAGGAAAACCAGCAGGUGGGCCAAAGGCAGCCUCUGGUGGAAAGCCAGCUGCAGGUGCCACAGGAGGUGCCACAGGUGCAAAGAAAGCUGCACCCAAAGCAACUCCUGCUAAACCUGCAACUGGAGCUAAGAGACCAGCAGGUUCUGGAGCCAAGGGACCUGCAGCCAAGAAAGCUGCAGGUGCUGGUGCUGGUGCACCCAAGAAAGGGGUACCUAAGAAGCCUGGAGCAAAGGGACCAGCUGGAAAGGGUCCUGCUGCAAAGGCUGGAGUGAAAGGAGCUGCUGCCAAGAAACCAGGAGUCAAGGGAACUGGAGCUAAGGGGACAGUAGGCAAGAAACCUCUAACAAAGGGAGCUGCCGGUGCUCGUCCUAAGGUUGGAGUAAAGAAGUUGACUGUUGCUGCCUCCAAGGAUAGAAAAGCAAAGGGAGGGAAGAUUGCUAAGAAGUUUGCAAUUAAGAGAGCCAUGAAAGUUGCUCUGAAGGUUGUAAAGGGAAUUCAUGGAACACGCGUUAAGAAAAUUAGGACCACAGUUCGGUUCCGCCGGCCUAAGACCCUGAAUUUGCCACGCAACCCCAAGUACCCUCGUCGCUCUGUUCCCCGCAAGAGCAAGUUGGAUGCUUUUAAUAUCAUCAAGUACCCCUUGACUACAGAAUCUGCCAUGAAAAAGAUUGAAGAUAACAACACACUAGUAUUUAUUGUUGACCGUCUUGCCAACAAGUAUCAGAUAAAAUCCUCAGUUAAGAAGCUGUACGAGAUUGAUGCUGCACGUGUUAACACACUUCACAGACCUGAUGGACUUAAAAAGGCAUAUGUGAAGCUUGCUCCUGACUAUGAUGCUCUUGAUGUCGCUAACAAGAUUGGUAUCAUCUAAGUAUUGUAGUUUACAUUAAAGAAAAAAAAAAAAAAAAAA